AUGGCGUAUGACCGACUUGGUAGUCCGAAUCGGGACGGACGUCAGUACGAUUCCAGGUCUCCUUCACCUGCUCACCCUCUCCAGCCCUAUGCACAUCCCGACGAGUCCUUCUCAAGACAGCACCUUCACUUGCAAAUGCCCCUAGCCUCCAAUGACCGGUUAGCCAUGCAGCCCACCUAUUCGGUCGAGAACAUUCACAAUUCUCAUGGGCAUAAUACCGCCUAUGAGCAACAGGCAGGUCAGCCCGGGGACCAGGGCUAUGGCAGGAAUGACUACAUCGUCUCUCCUGAAGACCAUCAUGACAGCUACUACACCCAGCCAUAUGACCCCCGUCCCCAAGGCGACUAUGCUCUUGAUCCAUAUCCCACACCGGACCAGGCUUAUCGGAACGACAAUGACCAAGUUCCUAUCCUCCAGCCUGACAGUGCAUAUGGUCCUGAUCCGCACUCGCAGCCGGGAAUGGGCGAAUAUGAUGGCUACCAUGACGAUCGCCCGACUCCCUCCCCCGCUCCGAUACGCCGGUGGAAGACGGUAAAAGAAGUCCAGUUGUUUAACGGGAACCUUGUUCUUGAUUGUCCUGUUCCGCCCCGGCUGUUGGCCAAUGUCCCUCAUGCAAAACCACCGGAGAGAGAUGAGUUCACGCACAUGAGAUAUUCCGCCGCCACCUGCGAUCCCAAAGACUUCUAUGACGAGCGCUUCACCUUGCGCCAACGUCUCUUCGCGAAGCCCCGACAGACCGAGCUCUUCAUUGUCGUCACCAUGUAUAACGAAGACGAGUUUCUUUUCACUCGGACCAUGAUGGGCGUCUUUAAGAACAUCGAGUACAUGUGCAAUCGACCGAACAGCAAGACAUGGGACAAAGAAGCCUGGAAGAAAAUCGUGGUCUGCAUCGUUAGCGAUGGUCGUGCUAAGAUCAACGAAAGAACCAAGGCGGUCCUGGCUGGUCUCGGUGUGUACCAAGAUGGCAUUGCUAAGCAACAGGUUAAUGGCAAAGAUGUCACGGCUCACAUCUACGAGUAUACCACUCAAGUCGGCCUGGACCUCAAGGGAACCCAAGUCUCUCUAAGACCGAAAGGUGCCACUCCCGUGCAAUUGCUCUUCUGCCUGAAAGAAAAGAAUCAGAAGAAAAUCAAUUCCCACCGAUGGUUUUUCCAGGCGUUUGGUCGUGUUCUAGAUCCCAACAUUUGUGUCCUACUCGAUGCCGGAACAAAGCCUGGCAAGGACUCAAUUUACCAGCUUUGGAAGGCUUUCGAUCUCGAACCAAUGUGUGGUGGUGCUUGUGGUGAGAUCAAGGUCAUGUUGGACCACGGCAAAAAGCUUUAUAAUCCUCUGGUCGCCACUCAGAACUUUGAAUACAAGAUGUCAAACAUUCUGGACAAGCCGCUCGAAUCUGCCUUCGGCUUUAUCUCCGUGCUUCCUGGUGCCUUCUCCGCCUACCGAUACAUUGCUUUACAGAACGACAAAAAUGGUGAAGGUCCGCUGGAAAAGUAUUUCAAGGGUGAAACAAUGCACGCUGACGCUGGUGUCUUCACGGCAAAUAUGUAUCUGGCUGAAGAUCGUAUUCUCUGCUUCGAACUGGUCAGCAAGCGCAACUGUCGAUGGAUUCUGCAAUAUGUCAAGUCCGCCACUGGAGAAACCGACGUUCCGGACCAGAUUGCUGAAUUCGUCCUUCAACGGAGACGUUGGCUCAAUGGUUCCUUCUUCGCUGCUGUAUACGCUGUUGUUCACGUCUAUCAACUGUGGCGAAGUGAUCACAGUGCCAUUCGGAAAUUCAUGUUCCUGAUUGAAUUCGUUUAUCAAACCAUCAACAUGCUUUUCGCCUGGUUCGCCAUUGGAAACUUCUUCUUGGUCUUUCGUCUUUUGACUGGUUCUCUUGGAUCGCCAGGACCCCUCGGAACCGCGGGGACUGUUCUAGGUGUCAUCUUCGAAUUUGUCUAUCUGGGGACCCUGCUCUAUUGUUUUAUCCUGUCAUUGGGUAAUCGGCCUCAAGGCUCUAAGAAAUCGUACUUGAUGAUGGUGAUUUUCUGGUCCAUCCUGAUGGUGUGGCUUACAUUUGCCUCGGUCUUUCUGACUGUCCGAGCCAUCCAGACAGAAGUCAAUGAAGAUGACUUCUCCUUCUCCAGCAUCUUUAACAACAGUACAUUCUUCAGCCUGAUUGUCUCACUAGCAAGUACAUAUGUCUUGUGGUUUGUGGCGAGCUUCUUGUUCUUCGACCCAUGGCAUAUGUUCACAUGCUUCAUUCAAUACAUCGUCCUCACGCCGACUUAUAUCAACGUCUUGAACAUCUACGCAUUCUGCAACACUCAUGAUAUCACAUGGGGAACCAAAGGAGACGACAAGGCAGAGAAACUCCAGAGUGUCAACGUCAAACCAGGCGGGAUGGUCGAUGUCUUGAUUCCACAGGAUGAUGGUGAUCUCAAUGCGCAAUAUGAGACAGAACUGAAAAAAUUUGCCACAAAACCAAUUAAGGAGGUCAAAAUCCAAACUCCAGCUGACAAACAGGAAGACUACUACAAGUCUUUCCGAAGCAAUGUCGUAACCAUAUGGAUGCUGACCAAUUUUAUUCUGGUUGCCGCCGUUUUGAAUGUGGCAGGAUUCCAAAGAAUCAAUACCGACCAAACCACGCAGCAGAAUUCAACCGUUUACCUGGCCGUCAUUCUAUGGUCUGUUGCAGGUCUGUCGCUUUUUAGAUUCAUUGGGGCAUGUUGGUUUUUGAUUGUGAGAUUGGUAAGUGGCGAGCUUUUCUGA